GUUGCAACUCUUAGUUAUAUGUUUUAAAGGUUUUGAUUCUUUUAUUUGUUUUUAUUUUGUUAUUAGUUUUAGGAUUUAGUUGACAACUGAUUUCGACGAGAAUCGUUUAUCCCGGUUCCGAACUGAAUUGGAACCGUUAGAAUAUAAAUCGGCUUCGAUUCUUAUAUUUAACAUUAAACGGUUUCGAUUCGAUCCUACUUCGGUCCAGUUCGAUUCUAAACCGUUACACAACCCUAGAAAUAUCAAGAUUUCCAAACAUAGAUAGUGUCAAGAACAAAAGUCAAACAUAUACACCAUCCAUCGAAAUUCUUAAAAUUCUUAUAUCACCUAUAUAAACUAGUGUUGUAAGUUAUUUGCAAGAAUUUAUAAGGUUUAGUCGAAUUUUGGUUAGGAUCUAGCCAAAAUUUAGCCCAGAAUAGGACUGCUAUUAACCGCAUAUCGAUUAAUCAAUUAUUAAUCGAUCGAUUAGUGAUUAAUCCGCGACUAAUCGGAGUCUGAUUGAGGUUUUAGGGUGAGGGGAGUGGUUACCUAUUCCAAAUAGGUAAACUCCCAAUUCACCCAAUCACAUAGCGCCAUGUCAAGUCACCUAAUUUGUUUACCUAAUGCUCAAAAACGUUGGCGGUGGUUUACCUAAUGGGAUUUAGGUAAACUAUUUAAAAGAAAAGAAAAAAAUGUGUGAUUAGUUUAGAAGAAAUGGACUCCACCAUACACCCAUCUCUCUCUCCCCUUCCCUCCCUCUCACCAACUUGGUGACCACUCACCGAUUUCGCCCCCCAUUUCGGUAACAUGUGCUCGGUAAAAAGGUUGGCGGUGGAGGGAGGUUCGGUACCGAGUGGGUUACCGCCCUACUCCGUUCACCCUUAAAGCAAUAUAAAAAGGCUGAUGAUGGAGCGCUAGAAAUCAUGCAUGUUCACCACGUGUCACCAAUCUUAACAUGACGAAUCACUCUUCAUUCACAGCAAACUGCCGUUUCAAAAAUACCGAAACGGAUCCAUAAUACAUACAAUCUAUAUGUAUGUAUGUAUCUAAACCUAAAAUCCAAUAACCGAAUCAUCAAAUGGCGCCAACAACGCAUCUCUCUUCAAUCGCCGACGACGUUCUUCAACGAUGCGCACUGAGAUUAGACACGUCUGUAAGCGGAUUGGUGAAGGAAUUUGAAAGCGGUUGGAAAGGUGAGAACGGAGAGUAUUCGAAGAAAUUAGUGGAGUAUUGUUCGUCGAAAACUCUGUAUGAAAUAUGUAAGGAUGUUGAACAAACGAUUCGAGAAGGAUCGUUCAGUAAGUUGACGUUUGAUAUGAUGCUCGCUUGGGAGUCGCCUACGUCAGCCGAUGAACAAUCUCAUAAGGAAUCUGUGGCCAAGGAGAAAGAAGAAAAGAAAACUUCGAUUCCAUCAAACAAUCAAGAUGAAACACCCCUGUUCUAUUCAGACAUCCUGCCACUUUUAGUUAACGAUAAGCCAAGUGUUGGAGAAAAUGCAUUUGUGUGGUUGGGAUCAUUAGUUCCGUUGGUGGCUGAUUUCAUAAACGGAAGGUUUACUUUUGAGACACUAACAGCAUCUACAGAAAACCGUCUUCACUUCCCUGCUUACGACAAAUUCCUUGAAGAAAUGAACAAAUGUGUACAUCAUUUGCAAAAGCAAGCAACACCAAAGAAUGUUGACAUGGCAGAUGACGAGUUUAUUCUGCACGUUGAGGGGACUGCAAGUUCACAAAGAGUUAUCCGCCAUAUAGGGAAACAGAGCUGGCCUGGUAGGCUUACAUUAACUAAUUAUGCGCUCUACUUUGAGGCAUCGGGGUCAGUGUCAUAUGAAGAUGCAGUCAAACUCGACUUGUCAAAGGACAUAGAACAGUCAAUAAAGCCCAUAGCCACCGGCCCAUUUGGUGCUCCUCUUUUCGACAAAGCCAUUGUUUAUGAGUCUGCUGAGCUGGAGGAAGGUUUUUUAAUAGAGUUCCCAGAAUUGACUAGCUCCACAAGACGAGAGCAUUGGCUUGCUCUCGUGAACGAGAUUAUGUUAUUACACAAAUUUUUAGUGAAGUUUAAGGUUGACUCUCCUCUACAAGCAUGGGAGAUGCAUGCAAGAACCAUAUUAGGGAUAAUAAGACUCCACGCAGCCCGAGAAAUGCUCAGAAUCUCGCCACCAAAUCCCAAAAGUUUCCUAAUCUUUGCAUUGUUUGAUGAGUUGCCUACAGGAAAUAACGUGUUAGAAGAGCUUGCUGAGAGUUUAAAAUCGGUAAAAAGUGGAAACCCGUGCAGUGCUAGCUCGAUGUUAAGGAACUUGAACGUUGCGCAGGCUUGUAUCCCGUGUGUUGACGCAGAAGUGGGGCCCAAACAGUCGGAGAUUGUAAGUAACCAGCCGGAAAAUAUUUCGUCUUUGGAGACAGCUGUUGAACAAGUUAGAGAGGAGGCUAAAGAAAUCAACACCGCUAAAGCUGCUGCGGAUGAAGUGAAAGAAGACGGGAUUGGUGACAGCGCUCUUAUAUUGAUGGAGCUUGUGAAGCCAUUUAAACGUGCAUUGCCAUGGUUUCAAGAGAUUAUUGGAUGGGAAAGACCUGCAACUACCAUUAUGGUGAUUGGCAGUUUGCUAAUCGUUGUCUACAAAGAGUGGGUCGGGCAGGCCAUAGCGGGAUUGUUACUGUGGAUGGUUUCAAAGAUGAUAAAGGCAAAAAAAGACGAAGUAGGUAAACGAACAAAGUUCGUUGCCUCUGCGCCUUCGGAUCUAACAACAAUGGAUAGUAUAGUGGCAGCACAACAUGGAGUGAACACUAUAUACGACAUUGUGCACAAUGUCAACGUUUCGCUACUCAAAAUAUGGUCAAUAUGGCUUGCAAAUGCUCCCAAGCACACAGAUGCAGUGAUCACCGCGAUGAUUGCAUGCGCGGUAAUAUUACUAGUCAUCCCUCUCAAAUACAUCAUCAUGACAUUGGUGUUAUCGACAUUCGCAAGGACGUUAAAACCAGGAGACGGAAGGAACAAGAAAAAUCAAAUGGGAAACCGGCGAUUGCAAGGAUGGUGGGACUCGAUCCCGGUUAUUCCUGUUGAAGUUGUCCAAACGUCAGAACACACUCGUCAAGAUUCUAGGCAGAAAAGAGAGUGAUUUGUUCUACCAAGUGCUUUUUUUUUUUUUUACAUCUGUACUGUUAUCUAAAUAAAGUUAGUUGAAUGUUUA